UAUUUCGUUUUAUUCCAUAUCACCCACUCUCGAGUCUCGACAUCAGCUAGCCACUACGGCUACGAGCUGCUAUUGCCUAUUUUACCUAUUCCGAUUUUCAUUUUUUCAAUAAUCACCUUGGAAUCGCGAUCGAGUAGCGCCUUUUCGCUCGAAUCGUGUGUUCUCAAAUAGGCAGGCACCGUACUACCGUAGAACCUCGCUUGUUCACGACGUCAUGAAGCUUUGAGUUUGGCGACACUUCCUGUGUGUAAAUCAAGAGUAUUGAUUUGCGGUUUAAAUGCAGUGAUUGUUGCACGGUCCGGAAACAAUGAAAAUCAACAUCAAGAUACUUAACGGACAGGAAUGUUCAUUCGACGUUCAAAGUGAGAUGACAAUAKCAGAGCUAAAAAAUCAUGUAUUUGAAGCACUUAAGGUUCCUGUUAAAGAUCAAAGAUUAUUGCUUACCGGUCGUCCUUUAUGUGAUGAAAAAACUUUAGUUGAUUAUCCACAAAUAAAGGACGGUACCAGAUUGAACUUAAUUGUUAAGCAGCAAAUCAUUAAAACUGACGAAUUAGAAGAAAUGAUCACUAAACAUGUACGAGAACAUUAUAGUACAGAAGAUACGGUCAAGGUAUUAAAAGAAUUCAUGAAGGAAUUUGACCGUUCACUUACACAGUAUAGCUUAGAUGACUACGAGCGUAUGGCAGAAUCAUUGUUGACCAAUGAUGAACAACAGAAAAGUCAAUAACUAUCAAGGCAUAUUAUGUAAAAAAAAAAAAAAAAAA